AUGUCUCACCCACCGCCCGAGCGAUUCCUGCACCGCAAAGUCGCCAUCGUCACCGGCGCGGGAGCUCUCGGGGACGGGAUCGGCAACGGCCGCGCCGCCGCGCUCCUGCUCGCCCAGGACGGGUGCUCGGUGGUGUGUGUGGACUUGAAGCUCGCUCUGGCACAGCGCACCGUCGAGAUGAUCGAAUCCGCCGUGCACGGCGCCGGGGUCGCUGUGGUCGCCGACGUGACCAAGGAGGACGACUGUCGGAAGGUGGUGGCCCUGGCGGUGGAGAAGUACGGCCGGUUGGACAUUCUGGUGAACAACGUCGGCAUCUCCGGCCCCAAGGGCACCUCGACCGAAGUCGACAUGACGGCCUUUUACAAGGCGAUGGAAGUGAACGUCGGCAGCAUGGUCAUGAUGGCCAAAUACGCCAUUCCGGCCAUGAUCAAGAACCCAGGCCAGUGCGCGGGGGCCAUCGUCAACCUCGCCAGCGUGGCCGGCCUGCGCGGCGGCCACCCGGCCAUCUUCUAUCCCACAUCCAAGGGGUCGGUGGUCAACUUGACUCGUGCGAUGGCAACACACCACGGCAAGGACCGCAUCAGAGUCAACUGCGUCUGUCCAGGAAUGGUCUACACUCCCAUGAUGUAUGGCGUUGAGGGCGGCAUGUCCGACGCCGAGCGCCAGGCCCGCGCCUCUCGAAGUAUUCUCCGCACCGAGGGCAGCGGAUGGGACAUCGGCGCCGCGGUGCGGUUCCUGGCGUCAGACUGUGCGCGGUGGAUCACGGGUGUCAUCCUGCCCGUCGACGCGGGCGCCACGGCCGGAGUCGGCCUGGGCAUUCCCAGUCUUCACGAUGCGUUUCUGGGGACGACUGGUGCGAAGAUGUAG